GCAAAACGCAAAGCACAAGCAAAGCAAAGCACAUGCACCAACACACCAACCCAACACCACGUGCCACAUGCCACAUGGAGCCAGCCCGGCAGCCUGCGUGGGCGGAUGUGCUUGGGUGCUCGCUGGUGAAAGGGCUGCGGCUGUGUCGGAGCGCAAGCGGCGACGAUGAAGACAAGCAAGAGGGCGAACAAGUGCACGUGGAAGCUGUGGAGGCACUGGUGAGAAGAACGGGCGACGGCGAUGAUGAUGAUGAUGAUGCUGACGAACAUGGCAUCGUGUUGGUGACAGUGCCGCAGGACGCCGUCAUGUCCCUGCACAACGUGCUUCAGACGCACUUGGAGCCGUGUGCUCUCGCAGCCAGCCCAACGCCGCCAUCGCAGGACAUUGGCGCGAAGCAGUCGGCGGCAUGCACAUGUCCCUGCGCCGUCAUUCAUGCGCUCGUGGAAGACCUGCCACGCGAUUUGGAUACCGACAACGACAGCCAUGAUAUCGGUACCAUCGCCCUUGCCACGGCCAUCGUCUUUCACGCCUCCAACCCAACGAGUAAGUGGCAUGGGUACCUGAGCUCACUGCCAAAGCACAACUUGACCACAAUGACGUUUGAUGAACGAGCGCUGCAUCUCCUGCGCGGAACAAACCUGCACCACGCCACCAUUGACCGUCGCAAUGCCACCGCGCGCACCGCCGCUACGAUCUGCCGUUGGCUUCAGCACAAGUGGCCGCAGCACGCAGCUGCGUUCACCCUUGACGCAUACGUGUGGGCUGCGGAGACCAUCUCUUCCCGUGCGCUCUCUGGACGCGUGUCGCAGCCGGACACAGUCAUUCAUCUCCUGCAUCUCGGCAUCGUGGAUGGCGACACACCAACAUCCGCCAGCGACGAACAGAGCAGCACGCGCACAUCAAAGAGUGUGGUGACGGUGGCACCGUUUCCUGUGCUGGCGCACACGCCGUGCUUGCUGCCGCUGCUCGACCUCUUUGAUCAUGACCCGCAGGCAGAUGUCACGUGGCGCAACACGGGCACGCACGUGCGGCUCAUCACACGAGAGGCCGUGGCGCCAGGCGAGCCUGUCUUCAACAACUAUGGCGGCAAAGGAAAUGAAGAGCUCAUGCUUGCGUACGGGUUUGCUCUGCCGAACAACAAGCACGACGACAUGCAUGUCAUGCUGGGCUUGCCUGCAUCCCUGCAGCAACAGCUCGUCGCUGCUGAUGACGAUGUCGAUGUUGCCGACGGUGAUGCUGAUCACCAAGAAGAUGGUGUUGGUGUUGGUGACACGAACCGUGACGCGAUGGACGCAAGCGCGCCCGCUCACGACGCUGCCGCUGGGAUAGACAGUGCCUGUGCUGCUGCUGCUGAUCUGUCGUCUGCCUUUGCCGCGCUGGGCACGAUAACGCCACGCGGCCUGCGGCUCUCCAUUCACGCGGCCUCCAUCUUGGCCGACGUGACAAAGCUGCUGCAGGCACUCUCCAUCGUCAUGCACAGCACACCCUUUCCGCUGGCACCACAAGUGCACGCACGGGCACCGCGCAGUGUUGCGCGUGACCCUGUGGCCACCAGUGUGGUGGAUGCUGCCUGCAGUGUUAUCGCCGCUGCUAUUGGUGAUGAUGUCGUUGGAGGUGCGGAGGCAUGCGUCCACGUUGAGGGCGUUGCAGUCACUGCAAGUGACUCUUCAACACGUGCACGUGCGCCUCUCCUUCCCCUCGAUGGCGUGACUGUGAUGCGGGCAAGAGCCGUGUGCUUGCAGGCAAGGACCAUGCUGACUUCCAAACUCGCACACCACACGCAGCUGCUGCGCGAAUGCAACGCCUUGCUGGCCAUGUGUGAUGGCAAUGCUGGUGUUGACGGUGAUGGUCAUGGUGAUGGUGAUGAUGGUGCUGAUGGCGCUGAUGGUGAUGGUGGUGGUGUGGGUGCUGUGCAGACGGGCAAGGGUGUGCGGGCAUUGCGGCGACAGCUGCAGAUGGUACAACGCUUCCUCCAGGGGCAGACGCGACUGAUGGAUGCUGCGCUUGUGUACAUGCGCACGACACUCGAGCGAGAGCUGAUUGUUCGCGGAUGUGCAGCGAUGGAACAGCAACAGCAGCAACGACAGUGCCAGCGGGUGCAGCUGGUGCAGCAACAGGGCCUGGAUGGGCACAUGCUGUUUGAGCGUGUGGAUGAUGAGCCGCAUGCUGUGCAUGAUGGGGGCGUUGCCAGCAACGCCACUGGCAGCAGCAGUGGCAAUGACAUCGGUGGUGGUGAACGUGUGGUGGCGACGGCAACUGUGCUUACACUGGAUGUGCUGACAUCACUCUCUGAUGGCGCAGCACUGCUGUUGGCCAACAUUGAAGGAUUGGAGCCAGACUACGCAUUUGCCCUCGUGCUCCUCGCCAAGCUCUCCUCCCCAGAUGUGGCGGCGGUUCUGGACCCCUUUCGCCCGUGCAUCGCGCAGCACGUGCGCCGUCGUGGCCGCACAGACGACGACGACGUCGAUGAUGAUGAUGAUGAUGAUGAUGAUGAUGAUGAUGAUGAUGAUGAUGAUGAUGAUGAUGAUGAUGAUGAUGAGGAGGAGGAGGAGGAGGAGGAGGAGGAGCAUAAUAAUGGUGGUGAUGGUGAUGAUGGUGGUGGUGAUGAUUGCGAGCAGGUGCUGAAGAAGCCCAAACUGAAGGCAGGCGGCGUUGAUGUUGGUGAUGUACUGCACCAGGGCGGUGAGAGUGGUGGUGGUGGCAAGGUCGUUGAUGCCAUGGUGGCGCAGUCCCGUGCUGAGGACCAGGCAGUGCUGGGAGACCUUUCGCCCCUCAUCGCACACCUGUCAGACAUGUACCCGCGUGGUAUCACGGGUGCUGCGUGGGCGGCAGCGCUUGACUGCAUCCGCUGUCGCCUCCUUGACGUCCCGCCAUCUCCUUCAUCCUCUGCCACAGGCCCCGCGCUGCUGUCUCGUGCUGCACCCGUCGCCAUGUGGGCGGUCGGCAACGUCAUUGCGCGCGUACACGGCAGUGGUAGUACUGGUGGUGUUAGUGGUGGUGGGAGCGAUGAAGGUCGCGGUGGUGUGGUGAAAGGACUGCAGCACCAGCAACAACACCAGCACCGACAAGCCCUUCCAGUUGUUGCGCUGGUUGAUGAUGUUGGCACGUUAUCGUGUUCGGAUCCCAUUGUACUGGGCAUCCCCGAAGCACUUCUUGUACAAGCAGAUGCGGAGAUGUGGCCUGCGCUUCGUGCUGUGUACUGCUCCCAUGUCCACUGUCAGUGAAUGCGCGCGUGUGUCGAUAAAUAAAUGUCUACUACU